GGACACAGCAGAUCAGCAAUCAGCGCAAAGAGCCGAUGACUUAGGCUCAGUCACGUGAUCAGCUGUGUCCAAUCACAGCUGAUCACUGAUCAUUAAGGCACUGAUGAUCAGUGCCCUGAUGAUCAGUGUAGCCUCAUCAGUGCCACCUGUCAGUGCAUAUCAAUGCCACCUGUCAGUGCCCAUCAGUGUAUAUCAAUGUCACAUAUCAUUGCCUACCAGUGCACACCAAUUCCACAUAUCAGUGCCCAUCUGAGCUGCCAUUUAGUGCCAACUAUCAGUGCCAGUCAGUGCCACCUAUAAGUGCCAGUCAGUGCCACCUAUCAGUGCCUGUCAGUGCCGCCUAUCAGUGCCCGUCAGUGCCGCCUAA